UCCGUGACGUACGCAGCGCGCCACGGCGUCGCGCUCUGCGUGCUUUCGUCCGCCGUGUCCAUGGGCGACGACGACAAAGGACGGGGCUGAGAGGGAGAAGGAGAAGGAGGGGGCUGGGAGUUGGCGCCAUGGCUUCGUCGAUGGUGAGGGCCACCGUCCGCGCCGUGAGCAAGAGGAAGAUCCAGGCCACCAGGGCCGCCCUGACGCUGACCCCAUCUGCUGUGAAUAAGAUAAAGCAACUACUUAAAGACAAACCUGAUCAUGUAGGAGUUAAAGUUGGUGUUCGUACAAGAGGUUGUAAUGGACUUUCUUACACACUAGAAUAUACAAAAUCAAAAGGGGACUCAGAUGAAGAGGUAGUACAGGAUGGUGUUAGAGUGUUCAUUGAGAAGAAAGCACAGCUGACCCUUCUAGGAACUGAAAUGGAUUAUAUAGAAGACAAACUGUCCAGUGAAUUUGUUUUCAAUAACCCAAAUAUCAAAGGAACAUGUGGUUGUGGGGAAAGCUUUAAUAUUUAAAGUAUCAGGAAAAAAUCCACAAAUCCUUUUCAAAGAAUUCAUUUGGCAUGUGUUUAUUAGGUCUUUUAGGCUUUGUAAAAUAUGGCUGCCUUCACGGGAAAAUAAAAGUACUGCCUUUCUGAA